AUGAAGACUGACUUCAAGUUCUCGAACUUGCUGGGUACUGUCUACUGCCAGGGCAACUUACUCUUCAGUCCCGAUGGCACCCAUCUCUUCUCACCAGUCGGCAACCGAGUGACCGUAUUUAAUCUAGUAGAAAACAAGUCUCACACGCUACCCUUUGCCCAUCGAAAAAACAUUUCACGAAUCGGUCUCACACCCCGCGGCAACCUCCUCCUCACUGUUGACGAAGAUGGCCAGGCCAUCUUAACAAACGUCCCUCGCCGAAUCCCCAUAUACCACUUUUCUUUCCGAUCAAAGGUCACGGCUCUCUCAUUCUCUGCCUCGGGAAGACACUUUGCGGUUGGGCUGGGACGCGUGAUCGAAGUUUGGCACGUGCCGUCGACGCCCGAUACCAAUGCCGACGGCGAGCUCGAGUUUGCACCCUUUGUUAGACAUCAUAGACAUACUGGACAUUUUGAUGACGUGCGACACAUCGAGUGGUCAAGCGACUCUAGAUUCUUCCUCACAGCAUCCAAGGAUCUGACGACGCGGAUAUGGAGCUUGGAUCAAGAGGAAGGCUUUUCUCCUACCGUCUUGUCAGGCCACAAGCAAGCCGUCCUCGGUGCUUGGUUCUCCAAAGAUCAGGAAAUAAUCUAUACUGUUAGCAAAGACGGCGCUGUGUUUGAAUGGCGCUACGUUAAGCCCAUCAAUCCCAAGGAAGACGAAGAGAUGGGCGAGACGGAUGACGAUUCGAAUAUGCGAUGGAGAAUAGUGCAGAAGCAUUACUUCAUGCAAGGAAGCGCCCAUGUAAGAUGCGCCGCCUUCCAUCCCGAAUCAAACCUCCUGGUGGCCGGGUUCUCCGACGGCAUCUUUGCGCUGUACGAAAUGCCCGACUUUAACAACAUUCACAAACUCAGCAUUUCCCAAAACGACAUUGACUUUGUCACGAUCAACAAGAGCGGAGAGUGGCUGGCAUUUGGGGCUUCAAAACUAGGACAACUGUUGGUAUGGGAAUGGCAAUCAGAAUCGUAUAUCCUGAAGCAGCAAGGUCAUUUCGACUCUAUGAACUCUCUGGUGUACUCACCCGAUGGGCAGCGAAUCAUCACCACGGCAGACGACGGGAAGAUCAAGGUUUGGGACAUUGAAUCCGGAUUCUGCAUAGUAACAUUUACGGAACACACCAGCGGCGUGACAGCGUGCGAGUUCGCCAAGAAGGGAAAUGUACUCUUUACGGCCAGUUUGGACGGUUCGAUUCGGGCGUGGGAUUUGAUCAGAUACAGAAACUUUCGUACAUUCACCGCGCCGACGCGACUCUCAUUCUCAUGUAUGGCUGUCGACCCCAGUGGUGAAGUCGUUGCCGCAGGCUCCCUUGACUCUUUCGACGUCCACAUUUGGUCUGUACAGACCGGCCAGCUUCUCGACCAAAUGUCGGGUCACGAAGGUCCCGUCUCAGCAUUGGCAUUCUCACCAAACGGUGAUUCUCUGGUCAGUGGCAGCUGGGAUCGCACAGCACGAAUUUGGUCCAUCUUCAACCGGGCCCAGACGAGCGAGCCCCUUCAGCUACAAGCAGAUGUGUUGGACAUUGCCAUACGACCAGACUCAUUGCAGCUGGCCAUCUCCACACUCGACGGACAGUUGACGUUCUGGUCCAUGGCCGAUGCCGAGCAGGUUGCUGGCUUGGACGGUCGCCGCGACGUUUCAGGUGGACGCAAAUUCAGUGACCGCCGGACGGCAGCCAACGUCCAGGGAACCAAAAGCUUCAAUUCCAUUCGAUACAGCACCGACGGGAGCUGUCUUCUCGCAGGCGGCAACAGCAAGUACAUUUGCCUCUACUCGGUAACCACCAUGGUGCUUCUCAAGAAGUUUACCGUCAGCGUGAACCUCUCCCUGUCCGGAACCCAAGAAUUUCUCAACAGCAAACACCUCACGGAAGCAGGGCCCGUGGACGAGCUAGACGACCAAGGCGAGGCGUCGGACCGCGAGGACCGCGUCGACAGGAGCCUCCCUGGUUCAAAACGUGGCGGUGACCCGUCUGCGCGCAAGAAACUGCCAGCCGUUCGCGUCAACGGCAUCGCCUUUUCACCGGCCGGAACCGCCUUUUGCGCCGCGUCAACGGAAGGUCUACUCAUUUACAGCCUCGACAACACGGUUCAAUUCGAUCCGUUUGACCUCAACAUGGAAAUCACGCCCGCGUCGACACUGCACGUUCUCGAAUCCGAAAAAGACUACCUCAAGGCCCUCGUCAUGGCAUUCCGUCUCAACGAAGCCGGCCUCAUUAAGCGUGUGUUCCAGGCCGUGCCCCCGUCAGACAUUGCCCUCGUAGUAGGGGAUUUGCCGACGGUCUACGUGUCGAGAUUAUUGCGGUUUGUGGCGGCGCAGACUGAAGAGUCGCCACACAUUGAGUUUUGUCUCUUGUGGAUAAAGGCACUUGUCGACAAGCACGGCAAGUGGCUAACGGCAAAUAGGGGCAAGAUGGAUGUUGAGCUGCGCGUUGUCUCGCGCGCCGUCUCCAAGAUGAGGGACGAGAUCAGAAGGUUGGCAGAUGAAAACGUCUACAUGGUUGACUACUUGUUGGGACAGGCAGGGAAGGAGGUUGCCAUGGGCAAGGGCGUCAAGAUGGUAACGGGGGGCGAGAGAAUGGCCAUUGAUGCGGCGGACGGGGAGGAGGACACUGACGACGAGGACGAGUGGAUAGGAUUAGAAUAG